CACAAGCGCCUGCAAUAAUACACGACAUUCUUAACCGCCGCCUCACCCUUCUGAAAACACGCGACUCGGCUUCAAUAGUGGUCGCAAUCCCAUCGCGAAUGCGUCCAUCAUGGCGCCAGUCCCCCAGGAAUCGUCGGAGGCUGAUGCGGCCGCGUCGACCAAUGCGACAACUGCAACCACAGUCUUAACCCGGCGCGAACGAACAAAAAAUGACUUGGACAAGUAUUUACUCGAUCAGUAUACCAAUCGGGAGCUGGUGCAUUCUUCUGCCAUCCUCACGGACCAAGACAGACGAAGAGACGAGUACAACCACCUCCGUGCGGAGAAAGACGAUUACAGGCUGGUUCGCCAGGAAUAUCGACAAUGGUUUCCUGCCAGCCGCCUGCAUGGAGAGGGUUAUGCAGGAUAUGGAAAUGGUUUCACAGAUGGCCCAACGAGGCUCGUAUAUCCCAACCAGAAGCCACGGCUGGGACAUAGGAAGACGGCCAAGUUACGCAUCAAGCGCAAGGACAUGAAUCAACAGGCCGAGCAGGUCGAGGAAUUAAUACCCAUACGGAUUGAGGUGGAUUGGGAUAAGAUCAAGCUACGCGAUACCUUCACCUGGAACCUCCAUGAUCGCACCGUCUCGCCCGAGAUGUUUGCGGCUCAACUAGUUGAGGAUAUGGGACUUCCACUCCCAGCCUCAACUCCUGUCAUAGAACAAGUUUUGCACCAAUUGCGGGAACAGCUGAAUGACUUCUACCCACAAGUAUACAUAGAAGAGGAUGCCCUCGAUCCAGAAUUGCCAUAUUCGGCCUACAAAAAUGAAGAAAUGCGGAUACUCAUCAAGCUGAAUAUCACAAUUGGACCUCAUACCUUGGAAGAUAAAUUUGAAUGGGAGAUUAACAAUCCUUCGAAUUCGCCAGAGGAGUUUGCGCAAAGUAUGACUAGGGAAUUGUCAUUAUCUGGGGAGUUUACAACAGCUAUUGCUCACUGUAUACGGGAGCAAAGUCAAUUAUUUACGAGAAGUCUGUUUAUUGUUGGGCAUCCAUUCGAUGGAAGACCUUUGGAAGAUGCCGACUUGAUCAGCUCUUUUUUGCCUACUCCACUCACAUCAGUACUCCGGCCUCAACAGCAAGCCCGAGAGUUCUCACCAUAUUUAUAUGAAGUUACGGAGGCAGAUUUGGAUAGGACCGAAGUGAUCUAUUCCCGAGAACAGAGAAGACAGAAACGUUCUGUAAAUAGAAGGGGUGGGCCAACAUUACCGGAUCUUAAAGACAGGCAGCGAACUGUGCGCACUCUUGUUGUUUCUUCGGUUCUUCCUGGUGCUGCAGAGAAGGUCGAGGACAGCCGUCUGUAUAAAAAGGUCGGAGGUCCCUCAGGAAGAGGGAAGAAGGGAGCACAAGGUGGAGAUCUUACAGACUCGUCAGAAAGUGAAGAUUCGUCACCUGAGUCUCCUGCGAUUUCAAAUCUGGCAGCAACAGGUACAGCCAGGACGCGUGGUAUGCGAGGCGCUGCCACACAAGCCCAGCAAAGGAUGGCCAAUCUUGGAAGAUCCGAAACUCCAGAAGCGAUGAUUGCACAUCACCAUGAGACGAGAACUUCUAGUAGGAGAUAUGGCGGACGUGAUGCUCGUGAAGAGAGUGUUGACAAUUCAACGUUCAUUGUUAAACUGAAAGUCGGACGAGAACGACUUAGGAAAUUCGCUCGAGAAUUAAGAGUAGGGAAACCUACUCCAUCACCACAACCACCCCCACCUCUACCCCGAGCGCCUUCAGCAACAGCCAGCACCCCAGUUCAACGUCCAAUGGGACCUCCCUCAACUCCUGGGACAUCAGCUCAGCCAUUACAACCUCCAACUACCCCAGCGACACAAGGGCAAAUUGGUCGAGUUGAUGCUCCUCCUCCGGGUACUUCCAAUCAACCUGCAGUAUGUAUCCCAAAUCAUGUUUCCAAUAUCUCCAAUCCACCCCCAUAAAGGGAAAAAAAUGCUACAUGAGUCUACAAAAACCCCCAAAACCCAACUAGAAUCCUCCUACAUCCCCUUUUUCCCGCAACUUCAAAAAUAUCAAAACACCAAAAAACUAACACCACCCAGCCCCCCGCCCCCGACUGGCUUACAGCUGGCCUUGCGAAACUCAAAGAAACCUACCCAGGCGACCGCUUCGAAAGCGUCAUGAAGCACUCAGCCGUAAGCACCACAACCGGCAACCCAGUACCCAAUCCCAAAGAAUCCACCGAAGGAAUCAAAUUCAUGUAUCUCCCCCGUAUCCGCUGUCAGGACUGUCCUGGCAAGCUUUACACGCCUGGGCCUGAGAUGACGGUCGAAAAUUUUGAAGUUCAUCUGAAAAAUCGGCAGCAUAGGGAACGGGUGGAUUCUAGGCUCGCGAAGGAGAAGGAGAAGGAAGAGAAGGAGAAGGAGAAGGAGAAGGAGAAGGGUGCAUGAGUGGCUAGGGUGAGCAAGAAAGGGGCCAUUGUAAUAUAGAGUGAUGAAAGAGAUGAGAGGGAAUGUGGGUAAGGUACGCACAGCAACCGGUGUUUUCAUGUGUCUCCUCUUUCUUUAUUUUUUGGCUAUGGGGUCAAGGGGGAGUAAAGUAAGAUAGGGUGGUGGGUUGGUAUGUGCGGUGUGGAGAUAGAUGUAUGCAUGCUUGAAUAUAUUAGGUAGGCAGCUAGUCGUAAGCUGUGCUUUUUUUGGUUGGUUGGCUGAAUCAAUGAAAUUGGCUGGCUGGCUAGGUAUCUAGAUGAAUGGUGUUCUUUGUAUCCUUUUUCUUUUGGGGUGAAUGAGAUACUGUAUGUGUUUUAUAAUAUUUUUUGGUUCCGAUGUAGGUUUACUGUUUUCUUUCUGGAUUUUUG